CCGCUUUUAACCUUUUUUUCUUUUUUUUCGUUACUUUCUCACGAACUCCUUCCGGCGGUUUCUAUUCAAAUACAAAGAAUGAACGAAAAUGUUUAAGGAAACUUUCAUCACAAUUAAUUCCUACCCGUAAUCUUCAAUCCCCUCUACAUAUUUUGAUCCGUUUCUUCUUUAUUUCUACCAUGUUUCUGCUGUUUCUUCUCAAUUCAAACCCCUUUGGAUCAUCCAACCUUGUUCAUCACUCCGUUUUCGUCAACAAAGAUCUGUUGCUGGAUUCUGGAUUCUGGUUUCGUUUUUCUCAUCCCACACCACACCGCUAUUACACUCUUCUCAAUUCUCCUCCUCACCAAUCCUGCUCUUGAAUGCUAAACUUGAGAGGUGCUGAGGGAGUGAGGAAACACUAACUUUACUAGGGAGGACUGAAACUGUACGGAAGAGAUGGCGGCUUCACUGACCGCUGAAAGGGAUGAGGAACAUGACCUUUCUAAACAGAAUGAUGGAGGAGAGUCUACAGUGGAGAUUGAACAGUCCUUAUCAGUUAGUGUGGAUAGUGCCACUCAAGCAGAGGAUCGAGGGCUUGAUGAAGUAGUAAAGGAUAAGAACAACAAUUCGAAAUGUGAGGCUCAAGAAGAAAUAGUGGCGAGGGAGAUUGUCCAAAGUGAAGUGGAUCACGAGGUGGAAACCAAACUGGAUUUCCAGUCUAAAUCUGAAGGUGAAGAGUCGGACCAGAUUAUUAGCAAUGAUGAUUCUAAUGAAAAGGUAGACGAGGAUAAGAAUGUAGAAUCUGAAUUGUCAUCCGAUGAUUCAGACAAUGAUGUUGUAGAUCCUAAGGCUCAAAUUGGAUCAAAUCAACCAACCGGAGAAGUUAUUGGCGAGGAGAAAUCUCCUGAGCCAGUUUUUGAUGGGACUGAAGUUUCUGGGAUUGAAGGUACUGGGAGUUUGUCAAACCGUUCCAUGGAUAGUGAUACAGAGGGCCAAGGUGUUGUUGACAGGGCUUUGGCACUAAAAAAUUUUGUUAAAGAAAAGGGCGUUGUUGCAGUGUCUAAUGUUCUUCGUCGUUUUUCGGGAAAAAAAGAUGAAGAAAGUCCAGAUACUCCUACCGAGGGAACUAAGGAUGAUUCCAGUUCCAAUAAAGAAAAUGAAGCCAAGGAAAUACCUGAAAAACCAUUGGAUAGGUCCACUUGGAAUCCUCUCAACUAUAUUAAGAUAACACGUGAUGCUGAUGCACAGAUCAAAACCGAGCAGUUUGAGGAUGUUAGUGGAGACUCAACCUUUGAUAUUGUUAUAAAAGGCAGAAUUGUAUUGUACACACGGUUAGGUUGUCAAGAAUGCAAAGAGGCUAGACUAUUUUUGUUUAGGAAGAGACUUAGAUACGUUGAGAUCAAUAUUGAUGUUUAUCCGAGUAGAAAGUUGGAGCUUGAGAAACUUGCCGGGUCCCCUGCCGUUCCAAGGGUAUUUUUUAAUACAUUUCUUAUUGGAGGUUUGAACGAACUAAAAGAGUUGGAUGAGUCUGGCAAGCUUGAUGAGAAAAUUGAGUAUUUGAAAGCUGAAGCACCAACCCUUGAAGCCCCUUUACCACCUCUUUCUGGUGAAGAUGAUGUCUCCAGUAGAGGAACUGUUGAUGAAUUGGCUAUGAUUGUUCGAAAAAUGAAAGAAUCUAUUGUUGUCAAGGACAGGUACUGCAAAAUGCGACGAUACACCAACUGUUUCCUGGGAUCAGAAGCUGUGGAUUUCUUGUCAGAGGAUCAAUACUUGGAAAGAGAAGAGACUAUUGAAUUUGGACGAAAGCUCGCAAGCAAGCUUUUCUUCCAACAUGUUCUCGAGGAAAAUUUAUUUGAAGAUGGUAGCCAUUUAUACCGGUUCUUGGAUGAUGAUCCUGUCGUGGCAACUCAAUGUCACAACAUUGCAAGAGGUAUAAUUGAGGUGAAACCAAAGCCGAUAACAGAUAUUGCAUCAAGGCUGAGAUUUUUAUCCUUCGCCAUUUUGGAAGCCUAUGUAUCAGAGGAUGGAAAGCAUGUAGACUACAGAAGUAUUCAUGGGAGUGAGGAAUUUGCUAGGUAUUUGAGAAUUGUGGAAGAGCUCCAAAGAGUUGAAGUGCAUAAUUUGGCACGGGAAGAGAAGAUCGCUUUCUUUAUUAAUCUCUACAAUAUGAUGGCUAUUCAUGCAAUAUUGGUAUGUGGACAUCCUGUUGGAGCAAUGGAAAGAAGGAAACUGUUCGGGGACUUCAAAUAUGUUAUUGGAGGGGCCACCUACUCACUUUCAGCUAUUCAAAAUGGAAUUUUGAGGGGCAAUCAGAGACCACCUUACAAUCUCAUGAAACCAUUUGGUGCAAGAGAUAAACGUUCCAAAGUUUCUCUUCCAUAUGUGGAGCCUUUAAUUCAUUUUGCACUAGUUUGUGGUACCCGAUCUGGGCCGGCCCUUCGAUGCUAUUCUCCAGGCAAUAUAGAUCAGGAGUUGGUGGAAGCAGCACGAAGUUUCUUAAGAGAAGGAGGACUUGUCAUGGAUUUGAAUAACAAUGGUGCAUCAGUUAAUAUGAUUCUUAAAUGGUUUAGCAUGGACUUCGGUAAGAACGAGCAAGAAGUCAUGAAGCAUGCUUCAAACUACUUAAAACCAGAUGAUUCUCAAGCAUUGCUUGAAUUACUUGCCAGUUCGGAAUUGAAGGUAUUAUAUCAACCAUAUGAUUGGGGUUUGAACUGUUAACAUUGCUGGCUCCAUAUAAUUGGAAAAAUGCUGCUUUUGUCAAACAAACAAACCUAAGGUAUGAAUAUUGGAUGUAAGUAUGGCCAAAAGUCACAUGAGUCUAUGUAGGGGAGAUAGAAGUAUAUUGUUUUAAAGCCAACUUAUUUCCUUUUGAGUACCUUAGAGCCAUAUAUAUUGGAGUUCUUUUCAUAAUUGUUUACUAUGUAAUUGUGGUCAGAAUGUAGUGUGUGCAUAUUGUAUCGAAAGAAAUAUGAUACAAACCGGUAUACAAAGGAUUGCUUGUUUAUUGAUCA